UGGAGCCUGAGGGCGUGGCGUUGCCCGCUCGGGGCCGCCCCCUGCAGCCCGGAACGAGCGCUCGCCGCCCGAGAUCGCGCAGAAUCCCUAGCCGCGUUCACCGCCCAUGGCCGCUACGCUGCUCGCCCGGGCCUGCGGCCCCCUCCGCGGAGUUCGCCGUCCUCGGGACUGGCAGCAGUUACACACUGUCUACAAUUCUGUGGAGCUGCCAGAGACGCACCAGAUGUUGCGUCAGACCUGUCGGGACUUUGCUGAGAAGGAGCUGGUUCCCAUCGCGGCUCAGGUGGACAGGGAGCAUCUCUUCCCAGCGGCGCAGGUGAAGAGGAUGGGUGAGCUUGGGCUGCUGGCCAUGGACGUGCCGGAGGAGCUCAGCGGGGCCGGCCUGGACUAUCUGGCCUACUCCAUCGCCAUGGAGGAGAUCAGCCGGGGCUGUGCCUCAACCGGCGUCAUCAUGAGUGUCAACAAUUCUCUCUACCUGGGCCCCAUCAUGAAGUUUGGCUCCCCUGAGCAGAAGAAGCAGUGGGUCACCCCUUUCACCAGUGGCGACAAAAUUGGCUGCUUUGCCCUCAGUGAACCAGGGAAUGGCAGUGAUGCGGGAGCUGCAUCUACUACAGCCCGGGAGGAAGGGGAUUCAUGGGUCCUGAAUGGCACCAAAGCCUGGAUCACCAAUGCCUGGGAGGCCUCAGCCACCGUGGUCUUUGCCAGCGUAGACAGAUCCCUGAAGAACAAGGGCAUCAGUGCCUUCCUGGUUCCCAUGCCAACACCUGGGCUCACGCUGGGGAAGAAAGAGGACAAGCUGGGCAUCCGGGCCUCGUCCACAGCCAGCCUCAUCUUUGAAGACUGUCGCAUCCCCAAGGAGAACCUGCUGGGGGAACCAGGGAUGGGCUUCAAGAUAGCCAUGCAAACCUUGGACAUGGGCCGCAUUGGCAUCGCCUCCCAGGCCCUGGGCAUUGCCCAGGCUGCCCUGGAUUGCGCUGUGAACUACGCUGAGAACCGCAAGGCCUUCGGGGCACCCCUCACGAAGCUCCAAGGCAUCCAGUUCAAGCUGGCGGACAUGGCUGUGGCCCUGGAGAGUGCCCGGCUGCUGACGUGGCGUGCGGCCAUGCUGAAGGACAACAAGAAACCUUUCACUAAGGAGUCGGCCAUGGCCAAGCUCGCUGCGUCAGAGGCUGCGACUGCCAUCAGCCACCAGGCUAUUCAGAUCCUGGGCGGCAUGGGCUAUGUGACAGAGAUGCCAGCGGAACGGCACUACCGUGAUGCCCGCAUCACCGAGAUCUACGAGGGCACCAGCGAGAUCCAGAGGCUGGUGAUUGCCGGGCACGUGCUCCGGAGCUACCGGAGCUGAGCCCCUCUGAGGGUACAGCCGCCCCUGCCAGCCUGGGACUGUGGGAAAGGGGUGGAGCCGCGUGGCCUUAACCCUGGUGACUGCCAAACCUUUGGGCACAGACCUGUCGCCCUGGUACCCUCAGGCCAGGCCCAGCCUGGUGCCUGCCCUGCACACUGGCUAGAGGGGUCUCCUGCCCUCUGGCCUCCUGCCACCCAGAUUGCACUGUGCAAGAGGGAGGCUUGGCAGGCAAGGCGAGCCCCCGCGACCUGUGACAGGACCUCCGCCAUCUUCAGCACGAAUGCUGGGCUCUGCUACCUCUUUGCACACCAGCCAGAGGGCCUCACUUUUACAGGUGUGCCUUCCUGCCCUGGCCCUUUGCCCAGGUCAAGACUUAGAAGGGUGAGCGGGUGGGGCUUGGGGUGCCAGUCUCGGGAAGUGCGUGCUCCUGGUCCUGGGGCUGCCCUGCGCAGGACAGAUGGGUGCGGUGUGUGGUCUGCAGUCUCUGGUGGAAGCUACUUGUAAUAAAGCGCACCUGUCUCGA